UAGUCCAACAACACACAGAAACAGAUCGACGAUACCACCACCAGCAGAUCCACCGAAACAUGGAGUGCGUGUUCGGUUUAGUCGGAAACGGUUUCGCAAUCUUAGUGGCCGACACGUCGGCCGUUCACAGUAUACUUGUUCACAAAUCUAACGAAGACAAGAUCAUGGUCCUCGAUUCUCACAAACUCAUCGCCGCCAGCGGCGAACCCGGUGACAGAGUUCAGUUUACCGAGUUUAUUCAGAAGAACGUGGCGUUGUACCAGUUUCGCAACGGAAUUCCGUUGACGACGGCGGCAGCAGCCAACUUUACGCGAGGAGAGCUUGCUACUGCUUUGAGAAAGGUAAUUGUUUCAGUUGCGGUGUAGAAUUAGGGUUUUUUU